GGUGAAAGAAGCACAGCAGCAAGAAUCCGAAGAAGAAGAACGCUGCCAACGCGGAAACCCUUGAAGUGCCAUUGUUCUCCACUUUCACCUUUUUAAUAUUUCCUUGACUUUCACUGAGAAGGUGGUUGUUUUUCACCAUAGAAGUCUAAGCUAGCAAUCUUAAAAACAUCCAGCAUAUCGGGCUUUGAUCCAGCGCGGUGAAGAUUCAGAGGGAUUGCAAACAACCUGGUGGAUAGUUAUCUUAUCUCAUACUUAAGCCACAAUGAUCACAAGGAGGAGAGGUUCAAUCAAGAGACAUGAGGUGCAGUCCCCUGAAUUCGAAGUCACAGAUGCUGUGGAGACGGUAGAUGAUCUGCCCUGCCUACAUGAAGAGGAUGACGGCACGGGAUUGGAGCUCGAUGAAUUGUUUGGUAUUGAUGACUUAAAAUGGACUGGCGAUAAUGACACAACCUCGUCACUCUUCGACGUGGGGCUGAACGACUGGGGUGUAUACAAUAUGAAGGAUGACGAUUCCAUGUUCGAAGCAUCCACAAGCCCAUCUCCAGAGAGAACGCCAUUCGAAGCAAGGUCUAAGAAAAGCGAGAACCGGGCUGGCUCCAUGGUUAACAAAAACGCCAUUGCCGCCAGAAUGAAUCGACUCAAGAAGAAGGAAUACGUCAACGAUUUGGAGAAGAAAGUUGGAUUGCUUUCGACCAAGAACCACAAACUGGAGCAGGAUAAUUGUGGGCUCAACAAGCGGGUGGAGGAGUUGGAAGAUGAGACCAGGUACCUGCGUGCCGUGUUGGCCAACGAGAGCAUGUUAGGCCAGCUCUUGUCCAGGCUAAGCGGUGUGAAUGGGAUGAAAUUAUCUUCCUCACUUUUCCAGGCAGCCAACCUAAAUGACCACGACUAUGCCCAACCCAGGAAGCGCAUCAAAGUGGAGGAGAAAGAAACAUCAGGCGGCAUCUGUCUCCACGUGGACAAAAACCAUGUCUCAGUGGAGUUCUGCACUAAGUGUGCAGAGAACGCAAGCGCAACGCUCAAAAUGUAGGGUCAAGUACUUAUCAUUGUUUUCAGAUUUUGAGAUGGAAAACGUAAACCCCGUAGUGAUCUUCAAGGGGUUGGCAAACACUGUUGAGUUUGCUUAGAUAUUGACAUAACUGUGCAUGUCUGUGUACAGUGUGAUGAAGCCAAUGAUUUUUUCUAAAGCACACGUUACUGCUAAACCUUGUUGACAGUUUUCUUCUAGGUAAUGGUUGAUCUACCAUGCGGGAUGAAUGGCUUUGAGAACACCUUUGCCUGCUUGACUCCAUGUGGAUUCUGCUGUUGGAAGUUGAAGAGCCGGGACAAGCUGCUGCCAUCGUGGCCUGGUUUAUUUUUUGAAAGGUAGUAUCGGUAUCGAUUGUUGUAAGUCUCUUCAUUAUACCAGAACUCACCACAUCCGUAGCAGCACACACAGUCCCCUGCUGCCUGGUGAAUCAGGAAUGGAUGAGGCUCUAAAGGCCUCAUUCACUACUUUGUAUAUACUGACAUUUUGGAAUGUAACAACUUAGAUUUUUCCAAAAUUUUGUAUAGUAAUGUGAAACAGAUUUACCAACUGUACAUAUAAUUUUGAAUAAGUUUGUUUUGAGAAAAUGUUCUUCAAUAAAUCCUAUUUUGAUCAUACCUUCACCUUAAAA